AUGACGUUCGGUCGUCGCAUCGCCGUUGCAGCUCUGUGUUCGACGGUCCUCUUCACCUUAACAGAUGCAUGGCUUCCUCCGAUCAUCACCAAAGGCAACAAGUUCUUUGAUUCGAAGACGGGACUCGAGUUUCGUAUGAAGGGAAUGGCUUACUACCCUCGACCCAACAGUGGAGAAAUGGCCGAUGUAGGCAACUACGACUGGGCUGCUGACGAACACGAAGACGUGUGGCAACCUCAUUUAGAGGUGAUGAAGGACCUCGGUGUCAAUACGAUUCGACUGUACUCUGUGGACCCAAGUGUUUCACACGAUAAGUUCAUGUGUGCUUGCUCGGAGGCUGGUAUCUACGUGCUUGUAGGCGUCACGGCACCAUGUAAGAAUUGUUCGGUUCAGGACCACGUUCCUCCAACCUGUUACCCGGCCGAGUUAUUUACGCGAGGACAAAUGGUCUACAACGCCUUCGCCGUGUACGACAACACUCUGGGUUUCAGCGUCGGCAACGAGAACAACCUGCAGGUCGAGAAUGGAGCCGAUGGAACUACGACAGCUCCUUGUGUCAAGGCUUUCCUUCGUGACAUGCGAAGUUACGCAGCUAGUUGCUCGGCAGCUGUGCGUCAAGUUCCCAUGGGGCUGGACAUUGCUGAUAUUCCACCGCGCUGGCAGUGGAUCUCUUACUAUGACUGUGCCGUUGACAACGACGAGAACUCGCGCGCUGAAUGGAUGGGCUUCAAUCCUUACGUCGAGUGCGAUCCAGCCACUCACACGAAAUACUCGCAGUCUAGUGGUUUGAAGACGCUGAUGGACGAAUACGCCGAGGUGAAAUAUGCUCGUCCUCUCAUGUUCGGCGAGUUCGGCUGCAACAAGGGUGAGAACACCAUCGACGGCUACGAAAACCAGCGCGACAGCCCCGACGCGCUGCCAGAGACCACGAGCUUCGACCAGCUGCAGGCGCUGCGCAACGUGCAGCUCAUCGAGCGCAACGAGUACCCUCUGAAGCACUUGGCGCGGGACAAAGUGCGCCGUCGCAGUCGUCGAGAUGAGGACGAAGACGAGGAAGAAGGCGCGCUGUGCUUCUGCACGUUCCCGGACGCGGCGGAGCGCGAAGAAGCCGAGCAGAAGGGCGAGCCGGUGCGGCGCUGCGACGACGUGUCGUGCCUCAACUUCGCCACGUAUGUCGAGUGUACAGCGUCCUGCCCCACAGGUCAGUACUGUAGGAAUCAGAGACUGCAACAUCCCGAGCGAUAUCCGCAUCUAGAACCGUUCAAAACGGAGCACAAGGGCUACGGCGUGCGCACUAGACAGCAUAUCCCUCAAUUAAGCAUCGUGGGGGAGUAUGUGGGCGAGAUUAUCGACCAGAAGGAGCUGGCGCGACGCCUGAAAAGCGUUCCGAGACACGAACUUAACUUUUACUACUUAUUACUGGCCCCUGGAGUGUACAUUGACGCCCGCAAUAAAGGCAGCUUCACUAGGUUCGUCAACCACAGUUGCGAACCUAAUUGUAAGACGGAGAAGUGGACAGUUAAAGGGGAGACACGAAUCGCAGUGAGUGCGUUGAGGGACAUUGAAGUAGGCGAGGAAUUGACGUUCGACUAUAAGUGGAAAGCGCUCGGAUCCAGACAGAUCAAGUGUUUUUGCGGAGCUCCGAGCUGUAAAGGAGUCAUCGGCACGCAGAACGAGACGCUGCAGAACGCAGAGGCACAGACAGGAUACUUCCGAGAUCCAGAGAAGCAGGAAAUUGGCAACGCACUUGUGGGACGCCGUGUACGAGUGUUCCUGUCUCCUGAGGAUAAAACGGAGUACGAUGUUCAGCUUAUUAAGGGUUACGACGAGCAAAAAGAUCGAUAUGAAGUGGAGGAUUUAUUGGAGCCUGGAGGGUAUGAGACGGAUGAGAAUGACACGGAGGAGGAGCAGGAUGCGACUGAGAAGCAGUACGUGCAACUUAAGGAGAACGGAUGGCAACUUUACUGUCCUCCUGGGGACAAAGAGGGCGGACAAGUGUUUGCCAUCCCCAAGAGACGAAUCCCAGUCACGAAUGCUGAUAGUAGAGAUCCCUCACCUAAGAAGGAGACGAUGACACCGUCCCCUGUACGUACACCAUCUCCAGUGGCGACGGCGAGACUGGAGAACAACUUCAAUACUCAAAAGAGGAACGAAUAUGGCGAGCUGCUGGACCGUGAGGGAAAAGUUGUGUCCAAUAAGCUGCUGGUCAAGUUUUUACCCAAGGAAUACGACGAACGUGGCCUCCGCAGCUUGUUUAUCAGUCGAAAACACCCGCAUGCACUGGUGAGCGCCGAUGUCUUCCACUUCUUGGACGGUACAGGCUGGGCGCUGGUGGAGUUGGAAAAUUACGAGCUCGCGUCUUCAUUUCGACGGACUUUGGACCGUCGCAACCUGCUGGACAAGAUGUUGCGAGUGUAUCAAGCGGGCACCAAGGAGCUGGAUAAUUUCCGUCAUCAGAAAACAAAAGUGCAGAUGAUGCGGCAAGCGGGGAUUACGAGCAGUUCUUUGGCUUCUGAAGAGAAGGAGAAUGUGCAAGAGAAGAAAAUAGACCCGUAUUGCUUCGGCAGGAAGCUCAACUGGCUCGUUACUGAAGACGAAUUGAAGAACUUAUCGGUGCAGCAAGUUUUAUCGGCGUCACUGGAAGAAACGCUGCGAGUCAAGUACGUGAAGAGCAUUUUCCACAUCGCCAAAGGACUGCGACUGGACCGAGAAGAUGCUACCAGUGCCAUCAUCGCGCUCAACAGAUAUUUCACGUUCCACACGAUGCCAAUGGAAGUGGAUAUCUAUGCUGCGACGAUGUUACACUUGUUCUUGAAGGCUCAUGCUCGCAAAGUACCGUGGACAGCGUUUGUUAAGGAAGUGUACAAGGCCAAGCACGGUUUGUCAGCUGCCGAACGUCUCACAGCCGCGUCCCCCGAGCUUGGAGUGCUUAAACGACAUUUGGUUAAAGCGGAGAGCGAACUGCUGGAAGGUCUGCACUAUGAUGUAACGGGGGAAGAUCCGUACGCGUUGCUGGACCUCCUGACAACGCGCAAGAGCUCGAAGAAACUGGUCGCGUUGUCUCAAAACGGCUAUGGACACCACAUAACCCCUUUUCUCUCUUCAUUGCCGCCUCCAGAGGUCCAAAAAGAAGCAAAGCACUUGGUGGCAGAGGCCUUGCCGUUGCCCAUUUGGAGGCACACUCCGGUGGAGUGCGUGAUGCUCAGUGUGGUGUAUGUAAGUGCGGCCGUAACUGAAGCUCUGAGCUCUCGCCCAGCGCCUUUUAUCUGCAAGAUCCCCGACUUCUUGCCUCAACUAGACCUGCAAACAAACGCCAGCGAAGCGCGCAUGUUGUUGGACUGCUCGUUAUCGAUCUGUACGCAGCUGAAAGACCGGUGGGUGCGUCUGGAGAAACAGUCCAAGUCGGCACAGCAGAAACAACCGAAGGAUGCGAACGCGCCUGACUUCGAUAUGACACAGUUCGACGUCUCGAAGGACAAAAAGGACGUGUACAUUUCGGAAAGGAUAGCUCGGUUGCUCAAACAAUGGAUUAAUCUCCCUGCUCCCAGCUUGUCAUCAGCUUUAGGCGCAGUUUCGACAGUGUCCGCUACGGGAAUGGGGAAUUUUCCGACUGUAUCACCCUCGCACAAUACUGGGAAGAGGUGUAUCACGUUCAAGGAGAUGGGAAGCUCCGUACCCAUUCCCAGCUCAACAAGUCAAACCAGCGAUAACUUGGGGAUCGUCUCGGCGCUAUCGAUCUCUCCCAAGAAGUCUGCAUCUGGUACAAAUGACUCAAAUGUGGGCGAUGUUCGCAUACACACAGACGAGAUCGUUAAGGUCGAGUCGAUCCGGAAACGAGCGUUCUUGGGCGUCAUCUCGAGUGACGUGGGCUUCGACUUAGCGGGGAAGCCUGUGUAUUUGCAGUCGUGGCCGUAUCUCGAGCAGGAACUGUUCUUCACGGAGGAAAAGGGCAUCAACGAGGCGUGUUUACGGGAACUCUCUGCGGCGACCACUCUCUCGUCACUCUUGCCUGAUCGCUUUAUGAAGCUCCAUGGAAUUAUCUUUCCUGCUGAUCGGAAAGACCGUCAAGCGAGUGAGUCGAAGACUGGAAAAAACUCCGACGUUGACGAGCUGGACUUACUCGCUGCUACUAUUGAUGAUGACGGAAACCCUCUGCCUGAAGGUAUCGAUCGUCUGGCUCGACAGAAACAUUACUUGGCCUUCGAGCAGCCACUGCACAUGUUCUCGGGGAUCUUUGAGGCGCACGUUCCUCUGUCUUCGACGUUGCGUAAGAAGGCCAUCUUCGAUAUGCUUCAGAGUCUCGCAGCCGUGCACGAUCAAGGAUAUGUACAUCGCUUUAUUGCUCCAUCGCAUUUGUUGGUGUUCAAGAACGGCAUCAAGCUUGGAGGCUUCCACUCGAUGCGUAAGAUCGCCAACAUCAAGCCCAAGGACGGAGAAGGAUCGACUAUUGCUGGCUACGAGAUGAGUGAUAGCGAGCGUAAAGAACACUGCUAUGGUGCGUGGCUGUACGUGACUGCACCUGAGGUUCUGCUCGGAGAGACCAAGUACACGUGGCGCUCCGAUGUGUGGUCGGCUGGGUGUGUGGUGCUUGCAAUUCUUCUCGAGAAGAUCCCCUUCCUUCAAGGACAGGACGUCAAGGUGCAGCUGGAUCUGAUCUAUCGCUUGUGCGGCACUCCGAGCAUGUCGUGGGAAGGCGCGCAUAAACUCCCGCUGUACAACGCCUUCCGACCCAAACACGAGUACAAGAUGCGUCUCCGCAAGACGCUACUGGAGCAGCGAUCCAAAUUCCCAGACUUCCCCGAAGAUGCGGUCGAAGUGCUGGAGGCUAUGCUCCAGUUGGACCCUGCAAGACGCAGCACGGUGAAAAAACUCCUGGACAUGCGCUACUUUGACAGUGUUCGGAGUGGUGAGAGAACGUUCGACUUCAGUGACUUGCCCUCGACAUUUCCAGUGCAGAAGAAGAAACUCGUGCAGCACUUACUCAAGGCGAAGGCCAAGAAACACCGUAGUGCUGGCAGUCGCAGCACCUCAUCGCGAUCAUCUCAUCACCACCGACACAGUGAACAUCGCCACAAGCGAUCGUUGUCUACACAUGAUGGUUUGGUGGAGAAAUCGAGCCAUCAUGAUCGACACAAGUCCAGAAGCGACAAGCGGAAAUCGAGAUCGUUGUCUACGUCGCGCAGAGAUGUCAAGCAUGCUGAUACCGAGGAUUCGGAGAUGCAGGAUGUCAGCGAGUAUGUCCCGUUGCCAGCGAGCUUUACAGCCUCUGCUGGAUCUUCACCCUCACGCUCGACCGACGACAGUUUGCCUCCUCGUGAAAAACGGAUGAAGCUUGGCUGGGGAAUGGGACUCAACUCCGUAUCAUAACGAUACAAACGUCAGUGUUAGGGACCAUGACGAGACAUCAUAGACAACAUGAACAUCAGACCCAAAGAUCAAUAGACUCUAUCAGUUAGCCGCAUUGUGGGCUCUGUCUCGCUGUGUAAACAAACAUGUUGGGCUUACGCGAAGAGACUGCCGAAGCCGGUGUCGAGGCACUUCUCGUACGAGUCGCGGCGUCGAAGCUUCUCUUGGCCUUGUCUAUGACGUCGGUACCAGCUCGUCUCGGCUGCAUAUGUCACCUUCUUGGCUUCGGGCCCAGCGUUUUCGCUUUGUGCCUCCUUCAAACGCAUGGCCAGUUCGUCGACAAUUUCCACCAUUUCAUCUUGUGAUUUGGCGGCUGCAAGAGCGUCGCGCAAGUCCGAGUGCAUCCGCAGGUCUUGGAACAGGAUCUUGAAGAGAUGAGCUCGGACGAUCUUGUCGCUUGCAGGCGGGUACAGCGUCGCACACUCCAGAUACUGCUUGGCCAGCUCCAAGAACGACGUAUCUUCACCCGGUGUGUUGUUAGUUUCAGCAAACAGCGCUGGGUUCUCCAAUAGCCCCUCAGAGCUCAUGACACCGUCACAGCCUGUGGCCUCCAGACAGCGAGCAAUGUCCUCGUGAGUCUCGAUGCCUCCGUUUGCGAUCACUGGGAUCGUCAGCCGCUCCUUAAUGCGUCGGAUGAUAUCCCAGUCUACUUCGCGCACCG